AUUUUCUCCUUGUUCUGUAUUUCAAAGUAAACGAGACAAGACAUCAGGGUCGACAUGGGCAGACUGUUUUAUUAUUUAUGUGCUAUGAUACUGUUGGAGCUGUUUCAUGGGGAUUGGAAAAGCAACGUUUUCGCUUGCACACGUAUGCUGACAAAUCAAACAUUUUUCGAGGAAAUAACAGCCAAAGAAAACACACAAUAUAAUUUCAGCUUUCGACCGAAAGAUGAACUGAGAGAGACUGCCAAAGACUCGGUGUUUAUAAUUGAAGUCAAGUUGUGCGACAAUGGCAACAGUCACUUAGUUUGCAGAUGCCGAUGGAUUUCUGAAAAUAUUUCUCCAUGCAAAAAUAUGGGAAAUGUCACGAUUUGCGAUGUCUACAACUCCGAAAUGCUUUUAUCUAUGCUUAUAAAACGGAGUUAUAGAGACCUAAUGUGGGAGCUAUACAGACACAAUUCUGCACCACGGGUAGUUAAACUCACUUCACUACAUGUUAGAUACCCUGCAAAUGUCACAGGGUUGCAGGUGAAUGGACAAGAAGUUAACCAGACUCGUGUUAUUGACGAAAAACAAGAGGUUAGUGUCUCGUGCUUCUUCACCAAUGGCAAUCCUCUGGUCAGUGUUCGCCUGAUCGACGACACAGGGCGAGCACAGAGUUCAACGACUCAUGGACAAGGACCUCUCACCCUGUCUCUCGGACAGUUUCGCUGUCAGGAUGUGUGGCCAACCAUCAAGUGUGAAGCUCCAGAAUCGGAACGUAACCGAUCUGUGGUAAUUUUUGGUAAAUGCCCACCUCAGUUUUUGCAGACUGACACUCAAGUCUUAGCGUUAAGAAGAGUUCUACAGGAAGGUCUCACACUUAGACUGAGAUCCUAUACCAGCGACAUCAAGAAAUGUCACAUGACCAGGUUGUCUCCUCAGCCAUCGUACAUCGAAGUAACGUGUGGGUUGGCCGGAAGUGCCCCCGAGUUUAACCUGACCCUGCGUUUUACUGCAGAUUCAUAUAUUGGAGAAGGAAUUUGGAUGUUACAUGCCAUAACAGAAGCAGGCAGCUCAAAUAUUACCUUUAUGAUAACCAAUAACACUUCUGAGUUUGGUAACCAAGGACCUGCAAUGACGUCCGGAAACAAGAAAUUAAAUACAAGUGAGUAAAAAUGCAUUGAUAAUUCUAAAUUUCUGCACACAUUACUUUGUACUUAGUGCCUGAUCGCGUAUUACUGUCGACUAAAUUACAUGAAACUUUUUUCUACUAGCUUAUAAAGAUUUCUACACAAGCAUAGCAAAAGCUAAAGAAAAAAGUAAAUUGCAUAGUGAAAAAGUUCUUAUCUUUUCCGAUUCUCUCCUCAGCCGUGACGAAAUAGCCAAAUAGUCUUAUCGUGUGACCAAGAGCUGUGUUGUCUAGUGAAUAGUCUCUUAAGCACAAUAUUACCGGAUAGGGGGGAUGCGCUUAGCCAUGGAGUGAGUUAUCUCCCCCGACGAAGUUUCACUAUGACUGGCAGUCAUGAGGGAACAAAAAGGACUCCCAUGUCAAAUGUGACAUUCAGAACUCGUAUAUUAAAGAGGGAAACAAGUGGUUCACUUUCUUUUUAUACACUUUUUAAAAAUUUAACUAUGCUUUUUGUCCGGUUCAUAUUUGUCAUUGAGUUUUGUCCCUCAUCCAAGAGCUCUGAACUUUCCACCAGUCACUCAUUUUUUGUUACAAUGCAAUGUUAAAUCACUUCCAGCAGUUCAUAAGUAGUAUUUGUUUUCUUUUUAAUUUAAAAUUUUUGCAUGAGGAAUUACAUGCCAGAUUAGGGAAGAUAAGUAGCUGCUUUUCCAGGGAUAGUAAACUAGUUAGGCCUAUAAGACAGAAAAAAUAGUCGCAAAGAGAACCAAAAAAAAUAAUACCAAAAUUCAAAAAGACUUAAUUUUUAAAAAAUAAAUUAGGAAAAA